AGUUCAGCCUUUCUAGUUAAUAUAUCGCGUGGGAAUUUUCAGUUUAUUUGUCAACUUAUCAAAUAUAUUUCCUACACAUAUACAAGAAAUAUCCGUAGAGAAAAGGUCUACGGGACGAUAUCAGCAGUUCAGUCAAGAGCUGUAUGUUAACAUUUGUUUUCUAUGCGAAUCGAAGGCACCAGACAUCUCAGCCAAAGAUGAUAUUUUAUUAUUUAAUUGCUCUCUCGCUGUUUAUUGAUCUUACGAGUCAAAAUCUUGUAUGGCAAGAAAUUCGAAGUAAAAGAGUUGGCUCGUCAACCCGACCACCUAGUCCUAGACGAGACUCAGCUAUCGCCUAUCACGACAAAAACAAUGAUAUUUAUAUCUUUGGAGGGAAAUCCGACAAAACAGCUCUCAAUGAUAUGUAUAAAUUUAAUUUACAAGCGAGGGAAUGGGAACCUAUUCCUCAUAGGACGAGCAUAAAGAAAAGAUUUGGUAUGGUAUAUGGCACCAGAGGGGAUUAUUGGUACAUUGCAACAGGUGAAGGUGUCGAUGACAGUGGAAAGUCAAUAUAUUAUGAUGAUAUCUGGAGAUUUCAUUUUCCAACCAAAAAAUGGGAGGAAUUAAAAUCAAAUACAAGCAAACCAAAAAACAGAUAUUCUGCGUCGGGAGGAAUUUCUGAAGAAGAUCCAUCAUUUAUUUUAUCACAUGGUGCUAAUGAAAACGAGCAGUUUUCAAACACGUUUUCUUAUGAUACAGAAUCCCGCCAAGGUUGGAAAGAGAUCAACUCCGGCACUAAUAAUUAUAAUCCUAUGUAUCCACACGCUCGAUACAAGCAAGCUGGGAAACUGGUGUCUAAGGAUAAAUUAUUGCUUUUUGGUGGUUGUUUAAGUGGCCAAGGCACAGGUGGUCCAUGUCCUUCAGAUGAUUCUUGGAUAUACGACAAAGGCUCAGAUAAAUGGACAGAAUUGAACAGAUGUUCUUCUCCCAAAAUCUCUUCAGCAUUGGCGCGGCUACCAACUAAUACGGCGGAAAGAGUUGUAUUGUGGGGCGGAAAUUCUGACAGCCGAACUACUCUAGUGUCAGAUGAUGAUAUGGAGAAUGAAGUAGCUGUUUUUGAUCUGGACAAAAAUGAAUGGAAAAUGAAAAAAACUGAGGCAGCGAAUAUGACAUUUCCUUCCAAACGUGAGGGUCAUGUGAUGGUUACGACAAAAGAUGGCAUUGUUAUGUUUGGCGGUGAGAAUCUUAGUGACGGUCAAAUGUUAUCAGACAUGUGGUUACUUCGUGGAAAUGGUAAUGAUGCUGAUCAAAGCGACGAUGGACGCGAUUGUGGUCGUCAAUAUUUCAACCUGAUUCUUUUACAUGGAAUCUUUAUGUUCAUUGGCUGGUCGGUAUUUUUAAUCAUGGGGAUAUUUGCUGCGAGAUAUUUUAGGUUCCUGCAGCCAUUAUGGUUCAAGCUUCACAUGGUUUUCCAGGUUCUUGGAACAGUUUUUAUUCUCGCUGGAACAAUCUGUGGCAUUAUUUCUGUUCCUUCGCAUGAACAUUUCAAGUUUGCGCAUAGUAUCUUUGGAUAUCUUCUCUUUAUCAUGGUCGUUCAACAGCCCUUCAACGCAAUGCUACGACCUCAGCCAACCGAACAAGGGUUCAAUUGUGGCAGAUCGUUUUGGGAAGUUUGGCACAAGUGGGCAGGACGGACUGUUGUAUUUGGCGGAAUUAUUAACAUUACCCUUGGACUCUUUCUAGCUGUCUCUCCAUCCAUGGUCUGGAUAUUAUGGUUAGCAUAUGUCGGACUGUGGAUUGUAAUAUUUUUCGUUGCGGAAAUAGUCAAAAGACCAUUUGAAAAAGCGUUGCGAAGGCGUGUGAGGAAACCUGUGGUCUAUGAUACAACGAAUCCCUAUAGAAUUUCUAGAGGGCAAGUAAACACUGCAUUUUGAUAGUCUCGGGACAAACAAUAUGAAUCACUGGCAACUAUUGAAACACUUUACCGUUAGUAAAUGAGUCUUCAGUAAUAAAUGACUUAUUAGAAUA